UAAUCAUUUCUUCCUCUCUUCUUUAGUUUUUUUAAAAAAGUAAAGCAACUCAGUCACUGAAGCACGCUCAGUCGUCCCCGCCAUUGAAUUGAAAACACAAAACCCUAGGGAAGAAGAGAAGAGUCGAAGAUGCCUCGGGAGAUCAUAACGUUACAAGUGGGACAAUGCGGGAACCAGAUCGGUAUGGAGUUCUGGAAACAGCUCUGUCUCGAACACGGCAUCAGCAAAGACGGCAUUCUCGAAGAUUUCGCUACUCAGGGAGGUGAUAGAAAGGAUGUAUUUUUCUAUCAAGCUGAUGAUCAACACUACAUACCGAGGGCUUUGCUUAUGGAUUUGGAGCCUAGGGUGAUCAAUGGAAUUCAAACUGGUGAUUAUCGAAAUCUAUUUAAUCAUGAGAAUCUAUUUAUGUCAAAAGAGGGAGGAGGUGCAGGCAACAAUUGGGCUAGCGGAUAUCAUCAGGGUAAAAGUGUUGAAGAGGAUUUGAUGGACAUGAUUGACAGAGAGGCAGAUGGAAGUGAUAGCCUUGAAGGUUUCGUUUUGUGCCAUUCAAUUGCUGGUGGAACAGGCUCAGGAAUGGGUUCUUAUCUUUUGGAGACUCUGAAUGAUCGCUAUAGUAAGAAACUGGUACAGACAUAUAGCGUGUUUCCCAACCAGAAUGAGAUAAGUGACGUGGUGGUCCAGCCAUACAACUCCCUUUUGACACUCAAGCGGCUUACACUGAAUGCUGAUUGCGUAGUUGUUCUUGAUAAUACUGCACUUAAUAGGAUUGCCGUGGAACGCCUUCAUAUUCCAAAUCCUUCCGUCUCCCAGACCAAUUCUUUAGUGUCUACUGUAAUGUCAGCAAGCACUACUACUUUGCGUUAUCCUGGAUACAUGAACAAUGACUUAGUUGGUCUUCUUGCUUCUUUGAUUCCAACACCAAGAUGCCAUUUUCUAAUGACAGGAUAUACACCUCUAACUGUAGAACGUCAGGCGAAUAUGAUUCGUAAAACCACUGUUCUAGAUGUGAUGAGAAGACUUCUUCAGACAAAGAACAUCAUGGUUUCUUCAAAUGCACGAACAAAAGAAGCUAGUCAGGCAAAAUACAUAUCUAUACUAAACAUUAUCCAGGGAGAAGUUGAUCCAACUCAGGUUCAUGAUAGUCUACAAAGAAUUCGUGAGAGAAAGCUUGUUAAUUUUAUCGAAUGGGGACCUGCAAGCAUUCAGGUUGCUUUAUCUAGAAAGUCUCCUUAUGUUCAAACUGCCCAUAGGGUAAGUGGCCUUAUGCUAGCAAGUUAUACUGGUAUCCGGCAUCUAUUUAGCAAGUGUUUGAGUCAGUAUUCACUACUGAGAAAGAGGCAGGCCUUCCUUGACAAAUACAGGAGUUUUCCAUUGUUCGAUGACAAUGAUCUUUCAGAAUUUGAUGAAUCCAGAGACAUAAUUGAGAGCUUAGUUGAUGAAUACAAGGCUUGUGAGUCCCCUGAUUACAUCAAAUGGGGAAUGGAGGAUCCCGACCACAUCUUAACCGGAGAAGGGAAUGCUACAGGAUCUGUGGAUCCAAGGGAUCCAAGUUUAGCAAUGUAAAUUAUGUGAAUUUUAGAUUUUUAUUUUGAGGUCUCUUAUUAUUUUCUCACUGGAGUUGACGCAUAUGUGUAUAACACAUCUAUAUGUGGUACUCACAUUUCCUCGUGUAAAAUACUACCAGCAGUUUCCUAUGGUUCAUCCAUCGUGUACUGAUAGUUGUGAGGUUUUUAAUAGAUCAAACACUGGUAUUUCAUGAAAAUAAUUUGUUAAA